UCGGACUUUUAAUGGGACUUCUGUUGCCGAGUCACCCACGUGCUUUGAAAAACAAUAAAAAAUAAUAAUGAAUAAGCUAUUAACAUAUAACACGCCCUGGGGUAGCUGACCUAUGGAACUCAUUGUCACAUGAAGUCAUGGAGUUAACUACUACAGCAACUGAAUCAUAAAAACAGCUAGAUAACAUUAUGACAAAAUUUUAUGACCAGUAAAAUAAACUUUUCAGGAUUUCAAAAUUUAACAAGAUUUGCCCUUUCAACAACUCUGUGUGUGUUGUUAUUUACAUGCAGCCAUACGUGAUACCAUUGUUAGCCCCAUUUUUCAUAUGGGGAAACUGAGGUAUGGAGAGGUCAUACAGUGAGCUUAGAGAAAAAGGUUUAUUUAAUUUUUCUCUGCAUUUUAAAAGUUGACAAAGUGUUAGAUGAGACUUUCAUUAACAUCUUUGUAACAAUGGGGAAACUGAGGCAUGUAGAAAAUCAGGUCCCUAAUCUAUGAACAGCAGAGCUGAAGAGCUGGGUUCUGUGAGAGGAAGCCUGGCUUAGGGAAUAGAGUACUGGACUGCGACUCAGGAGAUCUGUAUUCUAUUCCUGUCUUGGCCACUGACACACUGGAUGAUCUUAGACUCAGACUUUAAGGCCAGGAGGGACCCUCCUGAUCAUCUAGUCUGACCUCCCACACAUCAUAGGCCAUAGAAUCUCAUCUGCCCUGUAGUAGGCCCAUCACCUCUGUCUAAGUUACUGAAGUCCUCAAAUCUUGAUCUAAGGGUUUCAUGUUACAGAGAAUCUCCCAUUUACUCUAGUUGAAAAAAAACAACAACACAAAAAUAAACCCAACAACCCACAAGUGACCCAUGCCCCACACCACAGACGAAGGCAAAGUCACUUCCCCCCUCUGCACCUCAGUUUUCCCAUCUGUAAAAUGGGGAUAGUGAUACUGUGAGCUCUACUGCUGAAGAGCACUAUAUAAGUGCUAGAUGUUAUUAUUUCUGUCUCUGGGUACUCUCUCAAGCCCCAACUUCCAAUUCUGGAAUGUGUAGUGCCUGAGAGGACAAAUUUGCACACACCAAACCCCACUGAAAUGCUCCAAUGCACCAAACCCCAUUUUAGGUGCUCCAAGCAAACAUGGCAGUUUGACCAGGCAUGAUAGAAAGAAUUGGCACCUCUGUCAAUACAAGAUCUUACAUACUUGCUCUGACACCACAUGAUUCUAGAUUCCAACAUCCUGGCUCAUGUCAGCAGGUGACUGUGCCUCUGGUGUGGUAGACAACUAGAGAGUGGAGCUUACUGACAUCUCAGACCCUCCCACUCCACUUUAAAUGGCAUCUUAAACCUUUCCCCCCGAAAAGUGAUUUCUUUCUGUUAUGAUCCCCCGUAUUUCCUGUGUGCAUGUUGUGUGACUUUGGGGGUGGUUGUACGUUAGGAUUAUACUAUUCAAUUGCAGUCCACCCUCUGAACCUAUGUGUGUAGCUGUGUGUGUGUGUCUGAUGUAGGACUGGACAGGUCAUCUAGCCCAGUCCCCUACGCUGAGGCAGGACUACGUAUUAUCUGGACCACCUCUGGCCUGCUUUUAAAAACCUCCACUGAUGUAGAUUCCACAAACUCCCAAGGCAAUUUGUUCCAGUGCUUAACUACCCUGACAAUGAGGAAGUUUUCCCUAAUUUCCAACCUAAACCUCCCUUGCUGUAAUUUAAACCCAUUGCUUCUUCUCCUGGCCUUGUUGGUUAAGAAGAACAAUUUAUCACCCACGUCUUUAUAACAACCUUUUAUGUCAUUUCACGACUUGAAGGCUGUUAAGCAAUGCUUUAAGCAUUAAACAGUGAGGAUUAGGAUUACAUUGAUGAUAUAAAUUAAGAAAGAAACAUGAAUCUGGGUCUAUGUUUUAUUAAUAGUCAAAAUACUCAUGAGUGCAGGGCCUGUGGUAAGGGAAAAAGUGACCAGAAAAGCAUUGCUCUAAGUCAGUUUAAUCACUGAGCCAGCGUCUUUGGAACAGGAUCCAAGAUUUCUGGCAUCAGGUCAGAUGAUAAAAAAAACAAAUAUUACUUAUUUCUUUAGAAAAUCUUCUCAUGGUCAGAUGACUGCCCACCCCUGUGCUAUUCUCACGCUUCCCUGUGGCAGAUUUGACUGUGCCAAAUAUAUCUAAUGCAUAUGGGGUAUAUAACAGUCAAACAUAUUGAAAAGAAAAACGGUGCUUGUAUAUGAGAGAGACAGAGAGAGAUUGGACUAGGAGUCAGGAAAUCUUGCAGUAUUAUAGCCAUUUUGCAGAUAGGAUCAUUGAGGCCAAGUGUGGGUGAGGGAAUGAUUUCCUUGGUGCCUCAGUUUCCCCAUGUGUUAAGGAGGAUAUUCCCCUAUUGCACAUGGGGGCUGAGGCACAGCAGAGUGUUGUGAGGCUUAGUUCAUGAUUGUUUGUCUAAUGCUCUGAGAUAUCAAAUGGAAGAUGCCAGGGAAGGGCAAAACGACUAUUUAUUAAUUAUUAUUAUUAUUGUUGUUGUACAGAUUUGCCAGACCAUCAUAGGAGGAAUUGAGAUUGCCCAGAAAAAAAGCAAAAAAAGAUUUAAGACUUUUAAAAAAUGACAGAGGAAACAAAAUGUCUAUAAAAGAUGGAGAGAAAAGCAUUUUGACCUGUAUCUUCCUUAAAAAGAUCCCCUCCCCAAAAACGUGUUUUCCCUUUUGAUUUUGAUCUCAAUUGCCUGAAAAUUGACAAGCACUGUAUUCAUCUAAGCACGGUUUAAUGUCAAUGAAAAUGUUUAGUCUCUCGAAUUCUGGACUUUUCCCUUUACAGCUUCUUUUUGGGCACAGGAAAGUGGGGGACAUUUUCCCUUCCUGGGAGCUGUCUUCUGUGCUUAAUUUCACCACAGCCUGGGAAAAGGCAGCAUAUUGAGAUGUUGACGUUCUCAACAUCAGGCACAAGUUUGAUUAUAAUGACGGCGAACGCUUUCCCACGUUCCUAUCCUGUUCUUCCAAGGCUAGUCCCUAUUGUGUAACACGCUCCCCAGUCCACCUGCUCCGUUGGGAGCAGAGUAUUAUCCCCAGGCAAUUCACAGUCAAUUUACCAUGCUGUAAUAGAUGCUUUCUCUAUUGUCCUGAUAAAUGCAUGGAUUGGCUAGUGAGUGUGGGAAACUCAAAGAAGCUUAGGACCCAGACAUUUGUAUGCAGCUUAUGGGUAUAAAUAGAAGAGCUUUCCAGCUCCUUUCUGCACUGGCUAAACAGCAAGAUUGGAAGUGAAACCUGCACUUGAAAGUUUGGGAUAAUGGCACCCAAUACUUUCUCACUAGAAAUCUUAACAUCCAAAGAGAAAAACAGACUGAGGAAGCCGAUUGUAGAGAAGCUGCGCCGGGACCGGAUUAACAGCAGCAUCGAGCAGCUGAAACUCCUGCUGGAGAAGGAAUUCCAGAGACACCAGCCCAACUCCAAGCUGGAGAAAGCCGACAUCCUGGAGAUGACUGUCAGCUACCUGAAAUACAGUCAAACUUUUGCAUCCUCUUCUACAAGCCUGCAGCAGGAUUACAGUGAAGGCUAUUCCUGGUGCCUCAAAGAGGCUCUGCAGUUCUUGUCUCUCCAUUCUGCGAACACGGAAACCCAGAUGAAACUGCUGUGCCACUUCCAGAGGCCUCAAGUUACAGCCAAGGACUCAAAUUCUCCAGCUUCAUCGUCUGCAGCCCACCAAAUGUCUGCAAAACAAGCAGCACUGAAACCCACCAGCAGCCUUUGGAGGCCCUGGUAGAUUAGAAGGACUUUUGUAUGGUUUCUGGACAUUCACUCAUAUUCCAGAGGAGACUGUGACUUGCUGUACAAGUCCUCUCACUCCUCUAAUGAGUAGGGAAGAAUACUUUCCUUUUAUAGAGCAUACUAAUGCUUGGAUGUCAGUUUCCCUUCUCCUAGAAGGAUCUAAAUGCUCCCACCACGUGGAGAGGUAGCUAUUCUAAAAGAAUGUGCAAAGUAAUCCUCAUAGUAGGAUGACUGAGCAGUUGUUCAAAAGGGAACGUUUAAUGUUUUUUUAACCUUGCUGAGGUUUUUGAGUGUGUGUUUAGAAAGAAGUAACUUCUAGGAAGUUUAGGCUACAGUUUUCAAAAGUGUCCACUCAACUGGAGUGCCUCUGUUUUUAGUGGCCCAACCUGAGACUCAUAGAACAUUGAUUUUCGAAGCGUGCAACAUCCCACUCCACUUGAUUUCAACUGGAAUUGUGGGAGUUCAACACUUGUGAAAAAUCAAUGUCCUACGAAUCACAAGGUGAGCAUCCAAUCUUAGUGGGCACCGUUGAAAAUCUGGCUCUCAUGUUGUUGUUGUAAGGGGCUCUAUAAUGUUUAUAGAGUUUAUUGAGUGUACUUGGAAAAAUGUUACACCAUAACUCAAGCUAUGUAGAGGAGAUUCUUCAGGAGCAGAGUAUUGUUUCUUAUGUUCAGGAUAUGCAAUGCCUUUUAUAAAGGCAGUAACUUGUUUUGUAUCCUCAUAGGAAGGAAAGUAUCGGCUUGUGUUGUCGGUUUUACGAGAAAUAUUUAGCAAAAGUCUUUCAUGAAAGGCAACCGUACAAGUUAUAUUUACAUUUUUGGUACCAUAAUGUUAUGGGAGAUAGUCUAUUCACUAGAAUCCUCAGAGGAUGCUGUGAUGUGUAUGUGUCAGGUGCACUGAUUGUAUGAUCUGUGUUUGAAACCAUUUUGAAUUUCAAAAGUUGCAGAAACUUUGCACACUGUUAAAAUAAAAUCUGAUUACUGAA